UAAACAAAGAGGUUAAGAGGCAGAGAAAAUGUCAGCGAGAGGAAAAGACGGAGCAGAAGAAGAAGAGAGGAAGGAAGGUCUCUCUGAGGAGGAGGAGGAUGAAGAUGAAGUUUUCAGGAUUAAACCUGAACCUCCAAAACAUCAAACCAUCCCAAACAUCCCAGAAUCCAUGGACGAUUUUCUGAGGAACUUCCUGCUCAGACUCGGCCUGAGGCGAACUUUGAGCAGCUUCGAGUCUGAGUGGUAUGACUCGGCCCAGAAAGUCUUCUCAGGAACGCUGCCGACUCCAGAAUCAGGCGUCUUCUUCCUGCCUGACGCUUUAACUCACCAGAAGAUUCUCCAAACCGAGCUGGAAACCGUCCGCAGAGAGACGGAGCUGCUCAGGAUGGAGGUUCUAACGGCUGGAGAGAAUCUCACCAGGAUGCAGAGGGAGAGGAACUUCCACCGGCUGCAGCAUCGAAGAGUCGUCGAGGACAAAAACCAGCUGAUAAAAGACCUCAAACAUCUGAAGGAACACCUGAAGUCCUAUGAACCGGCGAUGAAGCAGCUGGAGGACAAACAUCAGGUGGCUCUGAGGCAGAAGAUGCUCCUCAGCUUACAGAAAGAUCGAGUUCAAAACGCCACAGAGGCUAAAGUGAACCAGGAGAAAGCUCCGGAGAAGAAAUCACCUGUGAAGAUCAAACACCUGAAGGACUCAGAGUUUCCUGUUUACAGCAGGAUGGUGAAGCUUCAGGUGGAUCAGGUGACGUCUGAAGCAGAGAAAAGUCUUCGUUCUUUCAGUCUUCAGAGCUCCAUCAAAGCUCACCAGCAGCCGAUCAGCUGCAUCGAUCUCCAUCCUAAAGAAAUGAUGCUGGUUUCUGUCAGCGACGACUGUAGAUGGAGGAUGUGGAGGCUGGAGACUGGAGAGAAGGUGGGUGAGAUGAUGCUGACAGGUGAGGGUCACUCUGAUUGGCUGUCAGGCUGCAGUUUCUAUCCUGAUGGAACGAAACUGGCAACGACCAGCGGAGACACGACGGUUCGUCUCUGGAAUUUCUCUCUCGGCUGCUGCGUUUUGACUUUCUUCGGUCAUUCUCAGCCGACCUGGAGCUGCUCCUUCCACUCCUCCGGUCGCUUCCUGGCUUCGUGUUCCUCCGACCGAACCGCCAAACUCUGGGACCUUAACAGCCAACGGUGUCGCCUGACGCUUCGACGCCACGACGCCUCCGUCAACAGUGUCCACUUCCUGUCCUCCUCCAACCUCCUGCUCACGGCUUCGGCCGAUAAAACUGUCGUUUUGUGGGACACCCGAUUGGCCGUCUGCCCCGCCGUCUUUACCGGACACCGACACCCCUGUAACCACGCAACGUCCAACAUGGCAGCCGACCUUGUGGCCUCCUGCGACUCUGGCGGCGUCGUAAACAUCUGGGACUCCAGGAAACCAGUGACACCUUUAGCUGCUGUGGAUGUCGGACCAAUGGGAGCCAACCAGGUGGUGUUCAGCCAAUCAGGGAAGGCGCUGGCGGUUGCUAGUGGUGAUGGGUCAGUCAGAUUGGUGGAGCUGGAGUCCUGCGAGGCGAUCAGUCUGGACGGACACAACGGCAGCGUCCAGAGCGUCAAGUUUGACCACAAGGGGACGACUGUGAUGUCAGCAGGAAGUGACGGGAGGAUCAACGUCUGGUCCUGACAAAGUCUGGUUGUUGAAACUCAACAUGGAAACUGUUUAAUACGACAUGGUUUCCAAACUUUCCUUUAAAGGAGCCAAAAGCUGAUGAAAGCUUGAGGAAGCCACAAAAAAACUUCGUAUCCAAGAUGACAACAAACCUAAUCACAGAAAAUAUAUUCCAAUAAAACACUUGAAGCUUUGAGUCUUUCAGUUAACUCUCAGGAAAUUCUUCAGUUUCAUGUAAAUAAAAGAAAUCCUUUCACAAAAAUCUGUGUCCCGAACUAUGUGGACAAAACCAGAUCCAGAACCAAGUCUAAAACCAGAUCCAGAACCAAGUUUAAAACUAAAUACAGAACCAGAUCCAAAACUAAGUCUAAAACCCAGGCAUGGCAACAGCAAAUUUUGAUUUGAGCUGAAAAUGCUCGGUAUACAAUCUUCAGGGGGGGUCCCCCCUGAAGCCGAGAGGUUUUCAGUAAAAUAGAGGUGAUUUAGAAUGAAAAACAUGCAUAGAUUUACAGAAGACUAGAUUGUAAUGAAUAAGUUAAUUCAAUGAAAAGUUAACUUACUUUUUCUUCAAUGUUGUCUCACUGCAUUUAGUCCUACAAUUUUUACAGUUCUAUAGGUCUUUUAACACUAUUUACACUGGAGUUCUACACUGGUCACAAAGUCACUUCUAAUGUCACAGUUUCCUCUAUGGAGUCAGCUGUGUCAGUUUUCUUUUUUUACAUUUCCAGAACACUCUUUAAACACUAUCAGGGAUUCAUUUUUGCCCUGAGUCAUGAGUCAAAUACCCAAUGUUUUGUUAAAUGACUCAAAAGACUUUUCUCUCAAGCCAAUUCCAUCGGAACUUGUUUUUGACACUUAUCUAUUUCUAGCACCGAUGACUCUUGAUCUUGCGAUAAAAACCUCAUGAUUCCACCAAAAACGAUCCCAAUAGCUCAAAAUUCCAACACGAACAUGCCGCCAUGAAUUGUAACAAAAGAAUGCAUUGAGCAAUUUGAUUGGUCCAAUCGUUGGCAGCUAACCAAUUUCGACCAAUAGCAAGGCCUUUUACAAUGCAGCAGGAGCUAGACUGGUUCUUUGUUUUGCAGUCUGCCAGAUGUAAAGGUGUUCAGUGAAGAGUUGGGUAUUUAGUCUUAUCCUAAAGACUGAGAGACACUCUGCAGAUCGAACAGAGUUUGGUAACUCGUUCCACCAUCGAGGAAGCACAGAGAAGAAGAGUCUAGCUAUAGACUGGCCUUGUUGUGGUGGUUGGACCAGGAGCCUUUUGUUGGCCGAGCGUAGUGAGCUGGAGGGAGUGUAGACCUGAAUGAGAGUUCAGCGGGCAGCAACUUGAAGCCAGUGAAGUGAUCUGAACAGUGGGGUGACAUGCUUUUUUUGGCUGGUUGAAAACCAGACGCUCUGCUGCAUUCCGGAUCGUCUGCAGAGGUUUGACGAUGCGUGUUGGGAGAGCCUGUACCAGGAGUUGUGCUGCAUGUUCAGACAGCAAUGGUCUGAUCUCCCUGAUGUUGUACAGGACGAAUCGACACGACCGAGCAACAGAGGCCACAUGAGCCUUAAAGGUUAGCUGGUCAUCGAUCAUGACACCCAGGUUUCUGGCAGACUUUGUGGGUUUCAGUUGGGUUGAUUCAAGCUGGAUGUUGAUUUCCUGUUGUAUAGAGGGACUGGCUGGAAUGACAAGGAGCUCAGUCUUGGAGAAGUUUAGUUGAAGGUGGGGUUUUUUUCCAUCCAUGCUGAGAUAUCUGCAAGUCAUGAUGAGACUGGGGGAGAGACCAUGUGAUUGUCCGGGGGGAACAUCGUGAAAAUAUGGGUAUCAUCAGCAUAGCAAUGACAUGAGAAACCAUGGGGGUGGAUUAUUGCACCAAGUGGGGUUGGAUAUAUUGAGAAGAGGAGGGGAUCGAGCACUGACCCUCGAGGAACCCCUGUGGAUAGGCUGUCCAGUUCAGGCACUUCUCUCCUCCAAGAUACUCUGAAGUAUCAUCUUGAGAGGUAGGACAUGAACCAACAGAGGGCUGAUCCUGAGAUGCUGAGUACAGAGAGUAUGGACAGGUAUACAACUAAGAACUGGGAGCUCAGUAUAAAAGCUUGGUUUGUAUUUCAUUCUGGUGUACAGUGGAUGCUGCAACAACAUUUAUGCGGUUUAACCAAAAACUGAACAAAAGACAUGACAAAAUACAUUAUAGGGCAGCAUUUCUGCAACAACAUUAAUAUUUUUUUUAAAAAAAAAAUCUCUCACAUGUGCAAUAUGUAUAAUUCUGAAUGUGUCCAAAAUUGCAUAAAAUCGGUGAGUCUUGGAAUCCGAAUACAAUGUGUUGAACAGGAGAUAAGGAGAAUGAAGAUCGAAUAUAAGACACAUAAUGGCAUCAUGGUAUGUGUUGAUGUGUAAAAGUAAUGCCUGGCGUCUAAAAAUGUGUGUGUGUGCGUGUGUGUGCAGCUGUGCGGAGGGUAAAUAAACAGAGGGAAUCUCAUGUUUGUCUCAUUCCUGUCACUGAGUGGGACUGAUGUGUGUGAAGGAAUCAGGGUGGAUAUAACUCUCUUUGUUCUUGUUGUCAGCAGUUAACAGCUUGGUCUGUGGCUCAGUGUUUCACAUGUGCCCCUCUCUAGCUCUGUGGGGGCAUAUGUGUGUGUGUGUGUGUGUGUGUGUGUGUGAGAGAGACACUGGAGAAGGUUAGUGAACACAGUGAAACAGAAAUGUGUAGUGUGUGUGUUUGUCUGUGUACAUUGCUUGUUGAGUGGUUUUAUGUGUCCUUGUAAUGAGAAUAAAGAGUUUUUCUUGCAUUUUGCUUUAGAGACGUCAGUAAUUGUCAUUGUCCUGCUGGAAGGUGGCAACUGGGUUUUCUCAGCUAUUUACUGUG